GAGUACUCAGCAAGUCAGCACAUGAGCUACGAUUGUACGGGUAACCACUGUCCACCUUCUACCACCGUCACAUUCGUCGAUAUUCAUCAGCCUAGACCUGGUGUAGUUUAUGGGGUAUGGAUUACGCCACUAGUAUUUUGCCCCGCAUCACAUUCCUAUGAUAACGUAAGAUGCGGUUGCCUUGACGUCGGGUUCCUCCUUACUCUACAAUAGCUUCCAUUCGUGACAAUCAUCAUCUCUACACCUUCCAUCCAACAACAAUGGCGUCCGAGAGGUCAGAAGCCUUGCCCAAAAUGCAGUACCGAUUUCUGGGCAGCUCUGGGCUCAAGGUUUCCGCUAUCUCACUAGGUGGUUGGUUGACGUAUGGAGGGCAUGUCGAUAAUGAGCUUGCCCAAUCUUGUUUGAAAGCUGCAUACGACGCUGGUAUCAACUUUUUCGAUUGUGCCGAAGGCUAUGGAGGUGGCGAGAGCGAGAGAGUUAUGGGUGAGGCGAUCAAGAAAUUUGAGUGGAAAAGGAACGACAUUGUUGUCAGCACUAAAAUCUACUGGGGCGCCGCCAAUGGCGAGUUAAAUGUCAACAAUGGCGGCCUGUCCCGUAAGCACAUCAUCGAGGGAACAAAGGCCUCGCUUCAACGGCUCCAACUCGAUUAUGUCGACAUACUAUACUGUCAUCGUCCUGACCGCCACACACCCAUCCUGGAGACAGUCCGUGCCAUGAACUACAUCAUCAACUCUGGUCAGGCUUUCUACUGGGGUACAUCCAUGUGGAGCGCCGACGAGAUCACACGUGCCACUGAGCUUGCCGAAAAGCACAAUUUGAUCGGCCCAAUUGUCGAGCAGCCAUUAUACAAUGCUUUCGACCGUGAAAGGGUCGAGUCGGAGUACUUCCACCUUUACAAGGAAUAUGGAUAUGGCCUUACCGUCUUCUCGCCACUUAAGGGUGGUGUUUUAACUGGGAAGUACGAUGAUGGUAUCCCUGAGGAUUCACGUAUCGCAAAGUCGGAAGACAAGUACAUUAAAGGUCUACGAAAGGAAGUUAAAACCGAGCAGUGGAAGGUCACUAUUGAGAAGGUCAAGAAGCUCAAGGUUGUUGCUGAUAAGUUGGAUACUGACCGUGCUGCACUGUCUAUGGCGUGGGUCCUGAAAAACCCUAAUGUUAGUAGUGCCAUUACUGGUGCUAGCAGGCCAGAGCAGAUUGGAAAGACUGUUCGCGCUCUGGGAGUUCUGCCCAAGUUGACGGACGAGAUCAUGAAAGAGAUCGAUGAAAUCUUGGGGAGCAAGCCCGAACCGAUCGUCAUGAGGUUUUUUGACGACCACGGUCGAUGAAAGCUCUAUGUGAAGGAUUUAUGAGCACGGGAGACCAGUGUCUCCAA